AAAACCAAAUACCCAAAUACAAAACAAAGUGACACAUAGAGGUUUUCAAAACAAAGUAGCUGAUAUUCCGACCAUGGAGGCGCUACCCAUCCCGACGGAGACGUACAAGGUUGGCUUCAUCGGAGCAGGUAAAAUGGCGGAGAGCAUCGCCAGAGGUGUCGUCCGAUCAGGCAUUCUCCCCCCAAAUCGCAUCGCUACCUCCCACUCCAGCACCGCUCGACGCCAAGCCUUUGAGUCCUUCGGCGUCCACCUCCUCCCUCGCAACGACGACGUGGUUGAAGCGAGUGAUAUCCUCAUUUUCUCUGUCAAACCUCAAGUUGUUAAAGAUGUAGUCUUGCAACUGAGGCCAUUGCUUUCCACAAAGAAGCUGCUUGUUUCAAUUGCAGCUGGAGUCAAAUUGAAAGAUCUCCAGGAUUGGGCCGGUCACAGCCGAUUUAUCAGGGUAAUGCCCAAUACUCCUUCUGCUGUUGGUGUUGCAGCAUCAGUUUUGAGCUUGGGAGGAGCUGCAACUGAACAAGAUGGAGACUUAAUAGCUGAAUUAUUUGGAUCAGUAGGCAAGAUAUGGAAAGCCGAUGAAAAGUUGUUUGAUGCAAUUACUGGCCUAAGUGGCAGUGGUCCUGCAUAUAUAUAUUUGGCUAUAGAGGCUUUGGCAGAUGGAGGAGUUGCUGCAGGUCUACCACGAGAACUUGCAUUGGGUCUAGCAUCUCAAACUGUAUUAGGAGCAGCAUCUAUGGCUACUAGUUCUGGGAAGCAUCCAGGUCAGCUAAAAGAUGAUGUAACAUCACCUGGUGGAACUACCAUUGCUGGCAUUCAUGAACUGGAGAAGGGUGGAUUUCGUGGAAUAUUGAUGAAUGCAGUUGUUGCUGCUGCCAGGCGCAGCCGAGAACUUUCACAGAACUAGUCAUAUCGAUAUAUUCUUCUAUCAACGCAUAUUACUGGCUAAGCAAUGAGUUCACUUUUUUUGGUCCCCUUAACUAGUUAGGAAUAUGUUAUGUCAGCUUUCGGCCCUUGUCAAAAGUUGGUUCAGAGACAAUUGAAGAUUCUUAUAUGUUGUCCGUUUGGACAGUCAGUUGAAGUACAAGAUUGAUUGAAUGUUGAAACACUUUCAAGGAUGGAUUGUAGGUAUAUAUGAUGCUUAUUGUGGCAACAUUUAUUUAUUUAGAAUAAAAUAAUCAUCUUGUUUAUGUUCA